AUGUCGGCAGCUCGUGAUGCUUUGUGGGCCAGUGGUCAUGACGAGACCGUCGAGGUCAAUCAGCGCGCUCUCAUUGACAAAGUCCUUGCACGGUACUCUGGCGAGUUCACAGUCUUCCGCGAACUCUUGCAGAAUUCGGAUGAUGCUGCCUCACGCGCGGUGGAGAUACGAUUCGAGACAAAGGAAUAUCUGGAUCGAAUGAAAAAAGAAAAGGAUGCUCCUGGAAACGAGCAAGAACAGGCUGACGAUGUCGUGCAUGAACUGAGUGGCGCAGAGGGCAAGUUGCCAGAUCUCAAGACCGCUCUUGUGCACCAGUGGACGUUUAGGAACAAUGGCAUGGUGUUCAAAGAUGAUGAUUGGAAUCGCUUGAAGAAGAUCGCGGAGGGGAAUCCGGACGAAGAGAAGAUCGGUGCUUUCGGAGUGGGAUUUUAUAGUUUAUUCUCUGUGACUGAAGAACCAUUCGUGUCGUCUGGAGGUCGAUGGAUGGGUUUCUAUUGGAAAGACAAGAAAGACCAGUUGUACGCUCGUAGGGGAGAUCUGCCUCCCUCUGUUGAACCUGAAUCAGACUCCUGGACGACGUUCGAAAUGAUGCUUCGCGAACCAACCUCAAUUCCGGCAGCCUUUGACUUCACUCGAUUUCUAGUGUCAUCGAUCACAUUCAUGUCUCAUCUCUCUGAAGUCAGCGUCUUCUUCGAUAACCAUCGACUGGUCAGACUCUCAAAGGACAGUGGUCUUCCUAGUGAUGUCCCUUUGCUUCGAGGGCUCAAGAGCUCUAGUCCAACGGGGAUCAUGAACGUACGAAGUAUCCAAACCACGCCGUUGACCAUAAAAGCUGAGGUUGUUCGCUGGGUGUACUCUGUCGGAACGGACAAGCCCAGCCCAGCCGCUCCGAAAGCGGUAAAGAGUGCGACUGGUUUCUUUUCAUCUCUCUUUUCUGGCUUCGCAGGCAGCACCACUCCGGCGCGCACGCCGACACCCAAUCCAAUACCUCUCCCAGACCCUGUCAACCUACUUGAAAUAACCAAAUCAGGUGUCAUAUUGUCCAUAUUCUCUGCAAACAUCGAAGUCAAGCUAGACAAGAAGUUGGGCGCUGAGCUUUUCAGAUCAACAAAGAAGCAGAUGCCGAGCAAGAUGCGGUACGAGUUGAUCUACACUGGCAAAACCGAAUACGAUGACAGCGUUCGAGAAGAGCAGAAGUUGAAGUUUUCUGCCGGUAGUGUCUUUCAAGGCCUUCGGGCAGAUUUAGAUGGAUUAGGGUCGGCUCGUAUUUUUAUUGGUCACUCAACAGGCCAAACCACGGGAAUAGGAGGUCAUAUGGCUGCGCGUUUCAUUCCCACAGUCGAACGUGAAUCCAUAGAUCUCGUAGAUCGUAACGUGGCAAUUUGGAAUAAGGAGCUCCUCCACGUCGGAGGAUUCCUGGCGCGAUCGGCAUACGAGGUAGAGCUUCUCGACAUCAAGAAAUUAUGGGACAGUGCAAUCGCUUCUGGUGACCCGGGCUCUCACCCCGACCAAACAUAUCGAGAUAGGCUGCAUGCCAGGGCAUUGCAUGCAUUGAAAUUCUUCACCUUUCAUUCUUCCACGCCGUCGCCAAUUGUCUCCAGCUCUUUGGAAGGCAGUUUCUUCACUUGUGCAACCAACCGCUCGUUCCCCAUCAUGUCCUCAGAAGGCAUACGCAAUGCGGCUGACAUUCGAGUUCCUGAUGCUUCAUUUCAGGGCUUCUUGAAGAAGCUCCCCAUCAUUCCGGACGACAUAUCUAUCGGGGCCAGGCCGAUGAUUGAAUCUCUUCAGCGACGAGGCAUGAUCAAGGAGAUCUCCUUUAUCGACGUACUUGAAGAACUCCGACAUCGGCCACUUUCUGAACCCGAAAUGAUUGCCUGUCUCAAAUGGUGGAUUGGGAUGCAAAAGCAAAGCCACAACACGAACCUCCUGCAGAUACGAACACAGCUACUCGAGGCUGCUGUGGUCACAAUAGGCACUCCGGGAACUAAGGACGAGAAGAUCAUUCCAUUGUCAACAGUACAGACGUUUUUGAAUACGAGGCACAUGGGCUCUUAUAUCCCUACCGAUGGACCGCUGCCCGGAAACUUAUUGCCCAUCAAUAUCAGCAGGUCUUUUGAUCCGGAAGUUUUAUCACUCGUUUUUCCGUGGAAGCAAUUGACAAUCAUUGACUGGCUAUCUCAUGUCAUGAGCCCCUCUGUCGCCGCAUCCGCCGUUGAAUACGACGCGACACAAUCGGCGCCAUGGUCUGAACGCGUCUUGAUGGUACUCGCUCGUGCUUGGCCAACCUUACCCAAGGCAGCGCAAGAAGAUGUCAUCGCAAUGUUGAGAACUAAAUCGUUCGUACCCACAUCCGCUGGACUGAAACUGCCCGAGCACGCAUACUUCUCGAGCGUCAAUCUCUUCCGCGAUCUGCCUAUCGUCACUCUGCCAUCUGGCGCGCCUGUCAAAGGCCCUGUGGAAAAGUUUCUACAAGCGCUCGGAGUGCGCAAGCAUGUCGAGCUGCAAAUUGUUUUUGACAGGAUGAUCAAAACUGGCGACUGGACGAUCAUUGACCUGGUCAAGUAUCUGGUGUCCGUGCAGAGUACUCUGACGCAAUUGGAGAUAGAACGGCUGCAGCACACCGCCGCUUUCACAAGAGAGGAUGAGAAACCAAUCGCGACAAAGAAUGGGGUCAUGAAGGUUCCUCGGCACAAAGCGAGCGAUUUAUAUGAACCUCUGGACGUAUUCCGUGAACUGAAGCUGCCUGUCAUUGACUGGGGAAUUGAAAAUAAGUGGAGGCAAUCAUCCGAGGAGGCCAAAUUCUUGCAUAAUCUUGGUCUCAAACGCUCCCCACCCCUUCGUGUUCUCAUCGACAUUGCGGCUGGCGUUGAACCGGCGUUACGACCGAAAGCUCUGAGAUACCUUCUGGACAACUUCGUCUUGAAAUACGCCGCCGAGUACAGCCCCCAUGAUUAUGGCGAUCGUGCAUUCAUACCCGCAAUCAAGGCAGCUCAACUGUGCAUGGCAAAGCCAUCUGAGGUUUUUUCUAAUCCUGACUGGAUGAGUUUAGGCUUCACGGUUGUCCAUUCCGAUUUACGCGGGGAUUCCUCGACGAAGUUGAAGAUCCCCAACGACCCACCAACAUUCAAGCUAGUAUCUCUUCUUGAACGCACUCCACCUAAGGACGAGAAUGAGGCACGGAACUGGUUUGAGAUUCUGGCAACUCACAUCCCUGAGUUUUCGUCGGAUGAAUUGAGGAAAUUGGCCGCACUGCCAUUUAUCCCAGUCAAGGGGACACCUCCACAGAACCAGGCUCGCCGCCUUUGUCCUAACCAAUGCUACUUCACUGGUUCCUCGGGAGCAGAUUUUCAUUCAAAGCUGUUUGUCUUCGUGGAUUUUGGCUCGCGAGCCAAUACGUUUCUAAGUGCUUGCGGGACCAAGCGUGAACCAUCGGUGGAAGAAAUUGUCCGGAUCUUACUUCGAGACCCGCAAGAAUUUUAUAAAUUGGCCCAAGGGUCGGAGAACUAUCUGUUAGAAUUACGGAACAUCGCCGUCAAUAGGAGGUUACUCUCAUCAAAUAUCAUCGCCCUCAUGAAAAGAGCACCCGUGUUAUUAGGGAUCCGACGUGUCAAGAAGGCGAAGGCCCCACAGAAAGAUCAAACUGAUCUCGAUGUGGACGAAGACGAUUGGGAGCCUCAAGAUCAGUUGAUGAUUCCUGGCCGAGUUCUUAUCGCGGACGAUAUGACAGGAUAUCAGCUAUUCGGUGAUUCUAUGUUUUGCGCUCCACAAGAAGACUUAUUGGAAGAAUUCUACGCUUCUUUGGGCUCACGCAGAUUAAGUGCAUUGAUCCAGGAAAAAUACGAGAAAUCUGGAGAAAUUCCAUCUUCGAAGGAAGCAUCAAAAACAAAACAAUUGAUCUUGGAACGGCUUCCGCUAUUUCUUCAUGAGCACACCCAUGCCAGGACACGCGUCUCAUUCAACUGGUUUAGAACAGGGAAUAACUUCAUAGUGAAAACUUUUGGCAAGCUUCGAGUUACCAAGGCUCUUAUCUACGAUGGAACUCACCUGGCAAGAACUCAGGACGCGUCUGCUGUUGCCGUACGGGAAGGUGGCGGUCCCAUUCAACUUUGGCUCGCGGGUCACACGCAGGUUGAUAUGUACGAGGUGUCCACAUCUCUGUGCCGUUUUCUUUUCGAGUCACCCAAGCCGCACGACGCGUUACUUCUUAUGACUAUUCUGGACACGCCGUUGAAGGCCCUUAAGGCAAGGGGAUACAAUGGUCGGUGUAUUGUGCAUGCUGUUGUAUGUCUUUUACUGAGCUGGAGGACAGUCGACAGAAUUUUACGGCAGCAAAAAGCUGAACGAGAAGCAGCUGAAAAGGCUGCCCAAGAAAGGCGGGAAGCAGAAGCGAAGGCCGCCCAGGUCGCUCGUGAAACAAUGGAAAAGACUGAGUUUAAUGUGAAUUCCCAACUCAUCCCGUCAAAUACGACAUCUACGAAGCCUGCGCCGGCGUCGGCCCUUCAAUCGCCUCCUCUUCCACACGCUUCAAAGUCAAUACCGCCUGAGAAUCUUCACCCUAUACCACCCUCAGCAGGAAACGAGGGGGACCUCAGUAAAGGUCCAGGAUCACAAAUGAUGAAGUCUCUAGAUGCCUUCAAACGCCGACUCGUGAAGAAGAGCGACCAACCUUUGCCCCCUACGCCUAUACCCAUUGAAGAACCACGUCCUCGACCUUCUUCCUCUUUAGGCGCUGAUCUACCAGGGAAGCCCGGGUCUGAGUUAAGUUUGCUGCAGAAGUCUCGAACACCAACCCCCGCUCCUCAAGCUCAUGUCACCCCUUUGAGCAACAUCGCAUCGAACAUAAAUAUGGCCAUUAGAGCAUGUCAGGAGGAGACAAGUAGUUUUCUCCGAAACCGAGAACAUAUGCAAAUGGUCAGGGAGUCCCUGGACGAAGGAUACUGUGAUGUUUCUGGGCGAGCAGGGGAUUUGGACCUCGUCGGUGUUUCAGGGGGAUUCAAAAUCUAUGCAUCGCACGAUAUUGCCAACCGAGAGAGUCUUGUCGACCGGCGUCACGACUCUCUCACGAGAUUCACUCCUAUUCUCGACCAACUCCGUGCAGUGUAUAAACUACCGUUGUCAAGUCUGCAUAUAUUUUGCGACGUUUCUGGACAAUUGAUCGCAUUCAAUCGCAACGGUAGUCUUUUCGUCAAUCUGAGAUACUACGAAGCGUGGCACGACAAUGAAGUGCAACGAGGUGACCUGACGAAAGCAUAUAUAUCUUGGUACUUUACACUUGCACACGAGAUUGCGCAUAAUCUCGUACAACAGCAUAACUCUGAGCACGAGUUCUACUUUUCAUCCAUCUGCGAGUCAUAUAUGUUGCCUCUUACGCAGAUUUUGACGGCCCUAGAAGUUCGUACAUAG